AUGGGAGUGACAUUGGGUCUUGGAUUCCUGACAGCUGCUAUUGAAAGCGCAGCGAUCAUUCUCGCGGCUAUUUUUAUCUUCAAAUGGUCCGUAUCAAUGGCUUUCAUUACAGGGUAGGU